UCGCGUGAGACCGGAGCUGAGUAUUGUCUCUCCAGUUGGUGACAUACCUAUUUAGACAUACAUUUUGGACCUAAACCCAGCCGAGCCUGGAAGAGCUGCUACUGGACAUUAGCACCGCAGAAACUUCUGUUGGACUUCGCCGGGUAACUUUCAACGCGCUUGUGGUUCACUUUUGGGUGUCUCGGUAUGGCAGCGACGGACCCGGAAUCUCUGCAGCCGAAGCAGCGGUGCAGGUGUCUAGAUGCAUGUCUAGUCGCCUCCGUAGCAUCGCUCUUUCUUCUGCUCUUGGGCACCGCAACCGCGGCAGCGUUGUAUAUCAAUCAGAUAAGAAAGGGGCUACCAGAAGCGCCUACGCCUGCUCCCGUCGGAGAACCGAAGGGACCGCAAUUCGCAGCGAUCCGUGCCUUCGAAAAACAGAUGCUGAGUGCUGCUUAUUUGGGCGCCAUCCGAAGCCAACUGAGUAAUGGCACGAUGAAAUGGGCUCCCAAGGCGUACGGCACCGGGACCACCGUCGGGGCCGCCUACACCUUCAGGAGGGCCGCCAACGCCCUGGAGGUGCAGCGGACGGGCAGCUACUUCCUGUACACGAAUGUGCAGCUGAUGUGCACCGCCAGCUGCUCCGGAGGCGUGGUGACCAUGCGGUUCCUGGCGACGGAGGAGGCUGAGGCGGGGCAGGGGAAGGAGGUGCUGCGGUGCCGGGUGGAGCUGGCCCAGGGCUCCCUGGCCCCUCACAGCCAGCAGUGCUUUGGCGUGGUGCAGCUGAAGGGUGCGGACAGGCUGUCCGCCCGCAUGGAGCUGGAGGGAGAGCUCAAUCACUGGAAGCUGGAGCUGGACUCCGGGUUCGGGAUCUUCCUGGUGGACGGGUUGGGUCAGGACCAGCCGCAGGCAGACGGGAGCAGGACGGCCGCCAGCGGGGACAGAUGCAAAGACAGAUAAACGGACGCGGGAACAGACAGAUGGGGAACCGGGCAACAAACAGAGAGACAGACAGACAGACAGACAAUCCUGUCUGACUGCAAGAUGAAAGAGCAGAGCUCUCUCUCGCGCUCUCUCUCUCUCUCUCUCUCUCUCUGUCAUUCCCACGGUGCUGGAGCUUGAUCACUUGAUUUGCACAUUUUGACACUCAGGACGUUUCUGCCUAUGUAGGAGUAUAGACUGGACACCCAGUGGAGGUGGUGUCA